UCUUACACACCAAGAUGCAAGCUAAGCGAUGCUUUUUCGGGCUGAUAAUACUUUUCACAUUUUUCGAGAGAGCUUUACAAGAAGAUUCGAAGAAUGGAGAACCUGAAAACCCAACAAAACCUACACCACUGGCAGCGACAAAAGAAGCCCCUUUAACCAAUGAACCUGAAACUGACGCAGAUGUAGUCCAAGGAACCAAGUGCAAGCCCAACGAAAUGUUCUCAGAGCAUGGUUGCGUUGAUCGAGAAUACUUCAUGAACAAGAUGAUAUUGAGAUCAUGGAAAGACUCGGGUUUCUCAAAGUCUAAGGCAAGAGCUGGCCUCGCGAAUGACAUAGAAUGCAAGGAAAACGAAGUGAGAACCCCGAUGGGCUGUGAAAAUUCUCCGUUUCCUUUGCACAGGACAUUAAAUCGAGUCCGAGUGCACCACAGCAGUUUGAAUCGCGACCGGGUGGUGUUCUCCAAUGUCGGUUCAGGGCGAGGGGUCCAUCAGGAACCCUCCAAGCAUGGCAAGGAGAGGAAUGUGCGGUACUUCGGUCCACCCAUAUCGGCUCAUAAUCGACCCCGUAAGAACUAUAUACUGCCGGGCAGAUUGCUAGAAAGUGGACGCAAGUGCCGACCAUAUGAGGUCCUGGGCAAAGAUGGACUAUGUCAUCAUAGGAAGGGGAAAACGGGCAAUUAUGAGCAUAAAAAUCAUGUUUAUGGAUUGCAACUGAGACACCGACAUGAAGCACAUAAAGACCAGCGAUGA